CAGGAGGCUUUGCAGGCCGUGCUGCGCUGCACCGCCAGCGAGGCAGCGGCCGGGGCGUUGCGCCGGCUGUUUGGGGCCUUGGUGAAACCCGCAGGCCUGCGCGACUGCCUGCGCGACUGGGCCCGUGCAUUGGGGAGCCCGGAAACUGCGGAGGCCAAGGUCUUUGCCAGCCUCAAAGAGCUGGUGCCCCUUUUCCAGCGGUGCCUGGACGCGAAAAGAAGCUCCGAAGCGACACUUCUGGUGCAGGAGCUGUCAUGUCUGGCGUCAAAGCCCUCACCGGCGCAAAUCCGCGGCCAAUGGCGGUUGUUGAGGACGUCCUUGAUCACCAUGACACACAUGCUCUGCGAGCUGCGUGCGAGGUACAAGGAGGCUGCAUUCCAGGAGCAGUACCGCCAGACCAGCGGGGAUCGAAGGCCGCUCUUUGUCCUGACGGUGCAGAGCCAGAUUUUGCCCAAGUACGGCUUCAGCGGCGACGUGAAAGGGGUGGCCAACAUGAAGAUGGAGGUGGGCCUGCAGAGCCGGGAGGACAAGGUGGUGUGGAAGCUCAUGGUGGACAUCCACAAGCUGCUGGACUUGCCUGACUCCGCCGCGGAUCGGACCCUGACGCUGGAGUUCGGCUCUGCUGCUCAGGUGGAGCGGGAGGUGGCGGCGGUGUUCCCUCAGGCGCAGCUCCAGCUCAGCACCUUGGAGAAGCUCGUGGGGGCGCGCCUGGGGAAGCCUCAGCAGCCCCCAGGCCUCGAGCUGCUCGGCGCGCGCCUCGCCGACGCGGCCCUUCUGCCGCCGCUGAGCGCCGCGGCGAUUGCGGCCUUCGGGGCGGCCAAUCGUGAGGCAUAUGUCUUGAUGACCGGCGCGCGCAGAAGGUUCAUGCUGGACGCCGUGACUCAAGCACGGGGAGUAACGGAGACGCGCAAAGCGCUGGAGCGCGCCGCGGCGAUGCGCUUGGACCACCAGGCGGUUGCAGCCAAGCGCGAGGCCCUAGAUCUAGUGGAGCGAGAGCUGCCGCGGUGCUUGCAGCAACCCGAGGUGGACGCAGCCCCGCUGCUGCGGAGCUGGCAACGUGACCGGGACAUCGAAGCCACCGAGGGCUCGGGGGCCACGGCGCUGUUCCUGGCGGCGGGGGAGGGCCAUGUGGCGCUGCUGGACGCGCUGCUGAUGCUCCGCGCGCGCGGGGAACGGCUGGACGAGCUGGGCCGCAGCGCAGCCCACUGGGCGGCCCUGCGGGCGCAGGGGCCCUGCCUUGCGCUGCUGGCGCGACACCUUGACCUUGACGCGCCGGAUAUUCACGGACGGACUCCACGUGCGAUUGCCAAGAUGAAUGGCCUGGUGAUUCCAAGCUAGAAGGACUUGCACGGUUGCCAACUGGCGUACCUGAAGUGUACCUCCAGCAAGACUUCGUGGCCUCGAAGCACGUCUCCUUGAAGCUGAACUGGGCCUUCCAAGGCCCCCGCGGUGCGAGACCGGCGCGACCUGCAGGAUGGUCCUGCGCGAGGCCUGACUACUGACCCUAGCGUCUGCCGGACUCGAAAGCAGAAAGCAGCUGAUGGCCAGCUCCGCCAGCGCAACGCCGCCAAAAGCCAGCGAGAUAGAAAGUGAUCUCGGCGAGCGCUGCUUGUAGCGUUCUUGCUGUUGGGUGUGC